UGUUCCGCGGGUUGUGUAACGGAGACCAAAACAAACGUGCUCGCUUUUGAUUUUCUGUAGAGUUUUCUGUGUCAUUUCACGUGUAUUGUUAUCUUGAGGACUGAAUUCAGGGAGGAUGGAUAAACCAGUUCACUUAGCCUGUGUAACAAGUCAAGGCCCAUGUGAUUUGCAGCACUGCCUCAUACCCACACAGCUCCUGAAGGAGAUCAAAGGAAGUGUUGGAUCUUAUGUUCAUAUCCAGCUUUCCGAGGAAUUCUCUUUGGUGUGUCGUGCACUACUUGUCCCAGAGGCCUACUGUGAAAUGGGCUACCAGCUAAUUGCUUGUGACUGUGUUUCUCAUAAAUCUCAUGACUGUGAUGUGAUGUCUCCUGUUGAAAGCUAUAUAUUGCAAGCAUCUGACAUUAUCCCCCUGAAAACUGUAAAACUGAAAUCCAUUUCAGUUACAGUCAUCUUGAAGACAGUAGAAGAUGUGUUGAAAUAUAGAAAAAAUAACAAUGGGUACAAAUUUUUCAUCCUAGACCUGAUGCGUCUCUAUGGUGUAAUGAAAGGGAAUCAGAUAAAAUGUACAAGCAACCCAUUAGCGAAAAUAUUAGGUAUCUCUCGAGUUAUAGUAGAAGAGUGUUCACUCUCACCUCAUGAAGUGGGGACUGUGACCUCAGAUACAGAUGUGGAUGUUAUUGGGAUUGAGAGCGAGGACAGGAGAAGUAGAACUGUCCAUGAUCAGGUGGCACUUGGUGGUCUGGACAAAGUUCUCAAGUAUUUGUGCAGGUUGAUGGUUGAGCCAUGGUUGAGGAAGGAAGAAUUUGCCAAAGCUGGUGUCCAUUAUCCUUCAGGAGUGUUGUUAAUUGGCCCUCCAGGAUGUGGCAAAACAUCCUUGGUACGUCAGCUCUGUGCAGAAACAGGAACAUGUCUGGUUGCAACAGCUGGAGCAGAGCUAGUCAGUCCAUAUGAAGGAGAAAGUGAAAAUAACUUUAUAAAACUUGCACUUCUUUUCCAGGUAUUGUUGACAUUAGACAAGUGCCGAUUGUGUUCAAAUUUAAUGAUCAUGGCUGCUACUAAUCGACCUUUUGAUCUAGAUCCAUCUCUAAGAAGAUCUGGUCGUUUUGAAACUGAGAUUCUACUGAAUGUUCCCUCAGCAAAUGAUAGGGAGAGCAUCCUAGCUGUACACAGUGCCAACCUACUACCUGCUGGCUCUAUUGGUUUGGCCAAGGUGGCUCAUGCAACACCUGGCUUUGUAGGUGCUGACCUGCGAGCACUGGUGGAUGCAACAAGGGCAAAAAUAGGAGAGGAGUCCAUAGAUGCUGAUGCAAUAACUGACAUGAUGCUUGAAUGUGCAGAAAGAAUUACACCCAGCAUUCAUAAAACGCUGAAUUUCAUAACUGCGAAACCAGCAGCAUCACCUAUUGGUGGACUGCAAGAGGUAAAGGAGAAACUUCAGAGGAUAUUCAGUCAUCACACAGAGUUUGCAGAAGCCUACAAGAAACUGAAGCUGAAGAGGCCCAGAGGAGUGCUGUUGUAUGGCCCAAGAGGAUGUGGCAAAACACGCCUUGUUGCCUCACUAGCCUCAGCAAGGGGCUGCACAUUCAUCACAGCAAAUGCGUCUCACCUUCUAUCCCCCUUUGUUGGUGACUCUGAGAAGCGUAUUGCUGCGCUCUUCUAUGCUGCCCGCCUUGCCCAGCCUACCAUACUUUUUAUUGAUGAAAUUGAUGGAAUCUUUGGAUCCAGAGAGAAGAAUGACAGUAGUGUUCAUAUCAGCAUUUUGAAUGAAUUACUACAGGCGAUGGAUGGAGCAAAUGUACAGGCCACAAGUCUCCAAGGUGCCUCCCAGUUAACAAACAGUUGUACAAGUGAUCAGGAUGGAGUGUUGGUGUGUGCUGCAACCAACAACCCAGGAAGCCUUGACCCAGCACUUUUGCGUCCUGGGAGAUUUGACCGCCUGGUGUAUGUCCCCCCUCCAGACCGUGAGGCCCGAUAUGACAUUUUAAGACUUAAAACCAAGAAGUUAGAGGUUGAAUCAGAGAGUAUCUUGGAGUCUCUAGCAGAUAAAACAGAAGGUUUUACUGGAGCUGAAUUGGAGAAUAUGAUAAUGAGGGCAACCAUAGCUGCAGUGAGGGAAGGCCAAUACAACAAAGACAUACAAAUGGUACACCUGAGCACGCAGCAACUCCUACAGGCAUGGCAGUCUUGCUCACCUGCUGUCACCCAAAGGGAAAUAUCUCGAUUCAAAGAUUUUGAAAGAAGGUUCUCAUUUGUGCAAUGAUGGACCAGAAUUUAAAUAUAUUUAUUUUUGUUCA